AUGAGUGAUGAAACCGAAAUCAAAGUGAAUAUCUACUUCGGUGGAAGUUUGAAGAAAAUGGAUGAAGAUUAUGAGUACAUAGGCCAAUUUGGUUUCCAAACGAAGAUAUGGAAAGUUUCUGAGAUAAAAUGGGAGACAUUCGAAGAUUUCAUUCAAGGGGAAAUGGUCUCAACUUCAAUUGCUAUAGUUUGGUACAAAGACCCACGAGAGAAGAUGAAGAACAUUAAGUAUGUGUUUCAGAGCAACAGUGAGGAUAUGUUUGAGCUACAUUCAGCUGGGAAAGUAACUGGUGAGAUACUUUUGGUUGGAAUAAAAAGGAGUAUGAUGGUCAUGAGAAUGAUAGUGAUGAUGGGUACGAGCCUGAAAGGGAAGAUGAUAGCGAUGAUGAUGCUGUGGAUAGACUAA